AUGGAGUUCCUACUGGGCAAUCCGUACAGCACUCCCGUGGGCCAGUGUGUCGAGAGGGCCACAGACGGAGGACUGCAGAAUGAGGACUGGGCCCUCAACAUGGAGAUCUGUGACAUCAUCAAUGAGACAGAGGAGGGGCCGAAAGAUGCCGUGCGGGCACUGAAGAAGCGACUAAGCGGCAACAAGAACUACAGAGAGGUGAUGCUGGCGCUUACGGUAUUGGAGACAUGUGUGAAGAACUGCGGGCACAGGUUCCAUGUUCAGGUUGCCAACAGAGACUUCAUCGACGGUGUGCUGGUGAAGAUCAUCUCGCCCAAAACCAAUCCCCCAACCAUCGUACAAGACAAAGUGCUGGCACUCAUACAGGCCUGGGCAGAUGCCUUCAGAAGUAGCCCUGACCUGACUGGCGUGGUUCAUAUUUAUGAGGAGCUGAAGAGAAAAGGCAUCGAGUUCCCCAUGGCAGACUUGGAUGCUUUAUCACCCAUCCACACACCACAGAGGGGUAUACCAGAGGUCGACCCAGCCAUGCUCAAGUAUAAAGCCCCAGCCUCCCCCGCUGCUGGCCCCCCUAAACCUGCAGCCACUGUGGCCCCCGUCUCCGCCAUACAGAUCCCCCACAUCCCCAGUGUGCCAGGCUCCAUCACAGCCAACCCUGAACAGAUCGCAAGGCUGCGUAGCGAGCUGGACAUCGUCAGAGGAAACACAAAAGUCAUGUCGGAGAUGCUGACUGAGAUGGUGCCCGGCCAGGAGGAUGCUUCUGAUCUUGAACUACUUCAGGAGCUGAACAGGACAUGCAGGGCCAUGCAGCAGAGAGUGAUGGAGCUGAUCUCGCGCGUCUCCAACGAGGAGGUCACAGGAGAGCUGUUGCACGUGAACGACGACCUCAACAACAUCUUCCUGCGAUACGAGAGGUACGAGAGGUACCGGUCAGGUCGGACUGCGCAGAACAACGGGAUGUUGAAUGAAGCCUCAGAGGACAACCUAAUAGACCUGGGCGCAGGCUCCCCUGCUGUGGUAACCUCCAGGAUUACCUCCAGCCCCCCACCCCACUCCGCCGCGUCCCCUGCCCGUGACCACACUGCAGCAUCGCUACCCUCAGCGUUAGCUGAACUUGAUAUGGGUUCGAACAGCGGGAGCGGCACCCUUUCCUCACUGUCAGGCCAGACUCGGGACGACUUUGACAUGUUUGCUCAGACCAGAAGCAGCUCUCUGGCCGACCAGCGCAAGAAUGUGAAGUAUGAGGAUCCUCAGGCUCUGGGCGGCUUGGCCUCAGCUUUGGGUGUCAGACAACAGAACACAGGAGGGCUGAGGGUAAAAGGGGAUGAUAACCCUGCAGAUCAGGAGCUGCCCAUAGACAGCUGGCUUAUUACCCAAGGAAUGAUCCCUGUAUCGCAGUCCUCUGUCAUGGAUGACAUAGAGGAGUGGCUCUGUACUGAUGUGAAAGGCGAUGGCACUGAAGAAGGAGUGACCAGUGAAGAGUUUGAUAAGUUCCUCGAGGAGCGAGCGAAGGCAGCAGACUCUCUACCGUCUCCCCCGGGAGGUAACCCUGCCCCCCCUAUCAGCGCCCCAAGCAGCUCCCACAAGAAAGCCGAACGGACGGAGGAUGCCCUGUUUGCCUUGUAGACUCUUCCGGGAGAACGCGUCCCUCUCUCGGGUGCAUUUAAAGCACUUUUGCCCUCCUUGACCCCCCGACCCCAGCUGCCCUUCUGAUUCCAUUUCAUCGCAGUCCAGCAGGGGUGUUAGACACUGAUCUUGCCAGCUUGCCGGCGUUGCCCUAACAUGCGGAGAGGUCCAACCCAACAUAAUGGUUGCCCCAUGCUACGUCGUGUUAUUACUAUCUAUCGACGUGUUUGUCUGUCCGUGUGGGAUGUGCUUGCAGUGCUGCGUCUCAUCUCUAAAGCUGCACAGGAAGAGAGCCUAACUCUGCUGGGUAUGGUUUAGAAAUGAAAAUUCACCGGCUCCAUUACUGCAUAUUACUGUCUAGUGAUUGAGAUAAAUAGAAAAAGCCCCCUGGCAGACCUUGGCAUUGAGCCGAUAUAAUACGAUCAAGACAAUUAGUGAUAUACUGCAUUACUCCGCUUCACUCCGCUAAUUGCUAAUUUAUGCAUAUAUUCUUUGAAGACAACAUGAAACGGCGUUCGGGAGCGUAUCUUGCUUCCGCAAUGUGGCAUAUUUCCAAGGGAAAACCAGAUAUUAGGGCCGGACAGGACGGAGGCAGGGAUUUGAUUGGGUCGUGUAGCACAUUUUAUCACGGGUGAAGUGUUGCUCUCCCACCUGCGCCCCACAUGGUGACGCAAUCCCCAAAACUUGACGGUUUGAAAAGAGGGUCGAGUGAUUAGAUUUUUGUGUUAAAAUAAGUACAAACAGAAUAUUCAUGUUUUCUCUCUGGCAUAAGUUGUUGAAUAGCAGCAUAUAAUAUGACUUGGGAACCGAACCAAUGAGGGAAAAAAAGUCCACUUUCAUUUCACGUUGUCUUUAAAAUGACGACUACGGUGUUAUUUACUCGCGCUGUGGUUGUUGUCCAUCCAUUGGAGAGGUUUUUUAUUUUUAUUUUUUUGUUUUUUUUUUCCUCUCCAAUUGUUCCAGUUAAUAUUUCAAUUUACCUUUAUAAUAAUGAUGAAUCUAAGAUAAGUGGCGUUUGCUUGCAUUUUCUUUAAUUCAAAGGGGGAAAAAAUGACUGAGAAGCACUUGAUGGCAUUCUUCUUUUUUUGUCUUUUUUUUUUUAUCAGCUGAAGGCCGAACGCCCAAGCUAAACGCUAAAAGCCCAAGGAGUCUUGUCAGUUUUCUCUGAACAGACACAAAAAAAUAUAUAUAUCAGGCACUUCAGUAUUUGCCAACAAUACAACUUAAAACGUGAUCCAUUCCAAAGAGACCGCAAGGACCAACCGUUGCCUCUUGAGCAAUAAUCAUGUUCAGCGUUCUGAGACGUUGAGGUGUCGAGAUCGUUCUCAUUCCCCUGCUAAUGUUUCCUGCACUUUCUAAGCAAAAAGGGUAUUUUGUCCUUUGCAUUAACCGUAUGUUUGCUGUUUUUUAUUAUAGGGGAUGGGAAAUAACCUCGGACUGACAUCAGUUUGCACACAGCCUUUUAAACGCUUAUUAGAAAGUAGUAGAAAUCACAUGAAUGUGUAGCACAGAUGCGCCACUGACAUUACCAGCGUAGUGCAGUGGGGAUAAAGACCAUAAUUUACGAUGGCGUUCUGUCGUAAGAGGUGUAACCGUAUAUGUAGAUGUUUACUUACAAUGUUGCGUAUGGCGUAUAUACCUCAGAAUGCAGGGGCGUUACUUUCUGUAUGUGGUGAGACAUCUGGUAUUGACUCAUCGCAAAAGCCAGGAGGCGAAGUCAUUACAUAUUAUUUGACCCCGUUUAGAGUACCUGUCAAAACGACGUCUGUAUGUACACCCGUAAUCAUUCGUCUUUACGUGGCGGGUUCACACUAAAGCACUGAGACGCAUGAGCACAAACUUACUCCGUGACAGUGAGUCAUGACAGAGAUGUAUUUUCAUACUCUUGGGGUAUUACUAUUUAUCUGCCCUUGUUUACGGUUACCUUUCAUAAGGUUUUGGACUGUUCGGGCGUCCGGGUGGCGUGGCGGUCUAUUCCGUUGCCUACCAACACGGGGAUCUCGGGUUCGAAUCCCCGCGUUACCUCCGGCUUGGUCGGGCAUCCCUACAGACACAAUUGGCCUUGUCUGCGGGAGGGAAGGCGGAUGUGGGUGUGUGUCCUGGUCGUUGCACUAGCGCCUCCUCUGGUCUGGUCACUGUCAGGUGAAAAGAGGCGGCCGCCGACACCAUACAAGUAUAUAUCAGAGAAGGCAUGUGGUAGCCUGCAACCCUCCCCGGAUCGGCGGAGGGGGGGAUGCAACAACCGGGACGGCUCAGAAGAGUGGGGUAAUUGGCCAGGUACAACUCGGGAGAAAAAGGGGGGGGAGGGAAACAACCUCUUGUUCGAAACUACUUUGUUCUGCAUUGCAAGGAGGUUAAGGGCAUUAAUCUUAACGCCAUGUGAACAACAGCGAGUCUGUUUGACUUUCCUCCAUUUUUUCCCAGCCUAGCCAUGUCUUAAGUUAUUCAGCUGACAUUAUAUCCUUUUGCAUAGAGGUGAAUAUUCAUGGCUUGUGAUACCUGGUAUAACCUCGGUAUAAUUGCUACAGCGGUAAUGAAAACAACUAUCGGUAUAAGUUGUCUCUAGCCUAAUUGUUUUUCAAUGUAUUUAGUAUAACAAAAUAUUUUUUUAAUAAGAGCUUUAACUUGGCUUCAGUUUUGCAGAAUUGCUUCACUUUCAAGGUUUUGCAUAGUACCUAUAGUGAUUACGUAGUAACCUGGUGAUUAGGAUAACAGCAUCACAUAUGAAGUAUACAAUCAAACAUGUUCACUUCACAAACGUCUUGCCGUGCAGACUGAACAAAGAUGAUAACAAAAAGUGCAACAGGAGAUCCUUUUAAAAGGGAGCUUGACUUUCCGUGUUUGUGUGUUUUCGUGUCUCUGGUUUUAUAACGGAGCGUACUGUGUUAAUUGCUUUUAUGAAGCUUAAACCCCGAUCGCAACAUGUAUUCCUCAAAAUUUUGGCUUUCACUUCAUGGUUACUGAAUGUCUUUUUUUGUUGGGGCAAAACAUUUAACGUAGGUAAGGAAGGGGGAAAAAAAAGGAACCUGAACCAUUGUGGACAUGGAGGAUAGGAGGGGGGGGGGUUUCCUGGAUGGGAUCUGGUUGUGGGUGUUCCAUGUCUGUUCGGCUUUGCUGUCUUGCUGCCAUCACGUAUGGUUCGGAUCUGUUGUCGUCUGGCCUAAUGCACGUAUUUUAACUGCCCAAUAAAACACUAGCAACGUGUGA